AUGGACCGAACCAAGUGGAAACGUAUUGUGAAGGUAACUACUGGUACACUUCGCAAGCAACUGCAGUUCCAAGGAGGGAAUGGCGAGAGUGCUCUCGAUCAUAUGUCCCACUUCUUGAAGGCUGCUAAACCUAUGAGGAUACCGAGGUUCACUAAAGUUAAGAAAAAUGGUAUAUUCUUCGAUUUACUCUGCAAGGGGAUCCCGCAGUCUGGUAUAAGGAGUUUCAAACCACAACCCUCUCUGGAGUCAAGUCAUGGAGGCAUUCCUGUAUCAGUAUCUUACUGGUACAUUAUCAGUUAUGCAGAAGAAAGAUAUGGUCGCCUUGCAACAAGGAACCCAAGAGAACUUCCCGUAGGCUUGGGAAUGGUUUAA